AGGUUUAUGUCAAGCUUUUGAAUAAUAAGGUCAUCCAGGCAAGACCCGGCAUAGUCCAUUUUGGAGGCUAUGAAAUAGAAAAACAGCAUCAACAGAUUCUGUACUUGGCUAAUAUUUCAGAUGAAGACACGGCUGUUCAUAUUUUACCCCCGCAAACCAAAUACUUUCAGAUUGCCUAUGAGAAAAAGGAACACGGUCUCAUCCCUGGCUUGUCUCUCAUGAUCACUGUUAAAUUUUCUCCAGAUGAGUGGCGGUACUAUUAUGACUGCAUUCACGUUCACUGUAAGGGAGAUGACACCUUGCUUAUUCCCAUCCAUGCCUACCCUGUUUGGAACAACCUGGACUUUCCCACAUUUAUAAAUCUGUCUGAUGUCCUCCUUGGGAAGAGGUCGAUUUGGAGAAGCAGCAGCAUCUUAUGGAAGCUCCCCUGUAAGGACAACUUGAACUUGUGGAUACACUCCUGAUUUUCAGUUUCUGCCUGGGUCUCUGGGACAGCA